AUGUCCACUGCACAGGACCCCAGCGCCCCCGACGCGUCCAGCACGAUUCCAGGCUACUCGUUCCAGAUCACCGGGAACUCGUACCUGGGGAAUUUGACGACCGUCGCUACCUUCAACAUCAAGGAUUCGGAUUGUCGGCUCGAAGUGAGAACCGUCGUCCCUCGCCGGACCUCCCACAAUGCCAUCAAGGGGUACUGUCAUCGAACCUGGCAGGAAGCCGUCCCCCGGGUCAAGAAGUGGCUUGACGGGCAGAUUUCGUCCUCAGACGGUGACAUCGCCGGUUUGAAGAUCGCUGCCGAGCAUCUCCCAACGGACGGCCUCUCCCGUCUCGAGUUCGAGCUCGACAACCACCCUCCGACUCAUCAGGGGACUUCGAACGGGCACGCGCCUACAGGAGCCGAGAUUGCGCUUCGCGCGAUGCCGGGAAGGUGGCGCAACUACAAGCUCUUCGCCCACGACGACAGCCCCUCUACUACGACUGUCCAACAGCUCCGGGCUUGCCAGUUCGCCAGAGACUUUGCGGCCAUCAAUACGCCCAACUCGCAGAUUGUGAUGAAAAUCACGGCGGGUCGCCAAGCUUCGGGAGAGGCGGCGACCGCGUUCCUCGACCUGAUGCCGAUGACGGGCGAGGCAAUGACAGAAGACAGACAGAAAGGCACGAUGAGUUGCGUCUUGAAGAACGAGGACGAAGCUUGCUUCGUCCUGUGGGAAGAAUCCAAAGGCUGGAGUGAGAUCACCCUGAAGACCGCCCCAUCUCUGAAGCUUUUCGUUCGAGGGGACUGUCAGGAUGCCAAAGCCGCUCUCGGGAAAGGCGAGGAUGCUACGGUGGAUGUGUCUCGUCUCCACAUCGAAGUCCCGUUCAGCGCCGAGGAUUGGGAGAAUCUCCGCAAGCAUCCACGUUCCCCCCAUACCAUCGACGUGCCCGAGGACACACUCGCAUGGCUCAGGGAGCUCGGUCUGCCCCGGGGGGUGGGUCUGAGUGAGGAGCUCGAGGAGCUCACAGUCUUCCCGGCCAAGCCAGAAGGGUUCGUUGAUCUCAACGGGUCGAACUCGAGUUCAGCGCAGCUCGAGGUGAAUUUCAAGAGUCUCGUCCUUUAG